AUGCUGUGGAGUUCCGGAAUUCUAUUUCGCUGGACAACUCACGAGAUACUGAACUGGACCCUUUGUUCUGAUGUAGUGAUCACAUGUCUCAUUGGUAGUACUUAUGAACAAUACCAUACUGUGAUGACCAGUGAUGCAAAGGAAACGAACAACACACACAAGGACAGAGUGAAGCAUUUGUUCAAGUUUCUCAGAGCACUUCCGAGAACGGCAGAGCAUAUCUUUCCCACCUUUCAACGAGGGGAAACUUGCCCUACGGGUAUUAUCACAAUAGAAAUACAGUAUCCCCGUCCCAUCCCACACCAAAAAGGCCAUAUAUAA